GUAGCCUUUGCAUAAAACAAUCCGCCAUAAAACUAAAAAUUUUUUGUAAAAUUUCAAAUAUGAGUUGAGUGUAAUGUUGCUACAAUUUCAUCGUAAACGAACUCGUAAAAUGUAAAAUGUGAAGACGCGUAAAUAAGAAAACGAGAUAUACCUUAUUUACCUAUAUACCUUAUAUUAUAGGUAAUUAAGUAGAGAUGGAGAAAGAAGAUCAAGAACAAAAUUUAAGAUAUCAACAGAAGUUCGUUGCGAAUGUCGAUAGCCAAUCAUUAUUUGUGUACUUUUUUAACUAUUUGAAACUAAUUAAAUUGAUGAUUUCGAAAUUUGAUACAUAUACAGACCAAAGUAAAAUAAAUUUAAGCAACCUAGCUGGAAGACAAAAUUGUGACGAUCUCCGAGAAAUAGAAAUUCAAACAAAACUAGAUAAAAACAUUUCGCCCAGAAUGGAGGUUAUAGAAACAAAAUUAUUAUCGUCUGAGGACAAGAUCAGGAACCAGAAAGCAGCAGGACGACCAGCAAAUGCUAAACAAGUUAAUGAUAUCGUGGAACAAAAAGCUGCUUUGAUACUAAACCCCAGAUUCGAUAUAGCGGGUUUAGUUUGCUCAAAGUAUAUAAAUAGUAGGGACUCAUGCUUAGUGAGCCCCAUGGUCAAUUCCGAUUUCAUUGACAGUAGUAACUCAUGCGCAGAAAAGCAAGCGCCCACAAGGCCCACGUCCGAAUGCCACUUACUAAACCUGACGAAGACGGAUCUAACAUCAAAUUACGUCAGUUGCAAGAAAAUUUUUAACUCUGAAGACGCCAUUACUCUUAAGUUGGGUACACUAAUACAAAGUAUGAUGAGAAAUGUUCUAAAUAUAACCCAAGAUGUUAACAGUAGUGAGGUUUCAAUAGAAGGAUUUGCAGUUACAAUGUCGAUAGACAUUAGGAAACACAAGCAAGGUAUAGAUUCAAUUGAAUUGAACGAUAAAAUUAGUAGUAUUACGAAACAGUUGGCUGUCCAGUUUAAAGAAGGAUUACCAACCAUUGCAAACAUACAAGAUUUAAACACGAUUAUAACGAAUCGUAUAGAACAACAACCACAAGACGAAGUACUUCAUGACGAUCGAUUGUUAGUUGUUGAAGAAGAACAAGAUAUGUUUAGUUUGUUAGAUGGAGUUUGUUCAGACGACACAUUAACUUUAGAAAAUAUAACAUCGGUAAUCGACUUGACUUGUUGUGACACAUUAGAAAAUAUAACAUCGGUAAUCGGCUUGACUUGUUGUGACGAAUUGAACAAAGAAGAAUUAAAGAUAACAAGUACAACUAACAUGGAAAACGUACAACAAGACGAAAUAUUUUAUGUUGAUAAAUUGCGAGCUGUUGCGGAAGAAGAAAUGUUAAGUUUAGUCAAUGGAGAUUUUUCAGGUAACGCAUUAACUUUAGAAAAUGGAACACCAGUAGUCGACUUGGCAUGUAAUAAAGAAUUCAACAAAGAAGAAUUAAAAGCAAUGAAGGCAACUGCUAUCGAAGAACUACGAAGACAAAACGAAUUACUUCAUAGCGAUCAAUUGCCAGCUGUUAAUAAAGAAGAAGAAAUAUCAAGAGUUGCUGAUAGAAUGUGCUCAAAUGAUAUAUCGAUUGUAGAAAAUAGAAUAUUAAUACAAAACUUGCAAUGGAAUGAAUUACUUUUUGAUGAUAAAAAAGAAAUUUCAACAUUUAAGUUUAAAAAAAUGGUAACUAAGGAUUUGAAUAAUGAAUUAAAAGAAAUGGAAAAUACUGAAUUGAAUAAUGAAUUAUUAGAAAUUGUAAAUAGUGAAUUAACGCAAUUGGCAACUAUUGAAGAAAAUACCGAAUUACCUGAAAUCAAAAACGACUGCAGUAGAUAUGCAGUUUCUGCAAAAGAAGUUCAGCAGAUAUUUUGUCCCGAAACUGGCAUAGUUGAAUCUUGUACAACUUACGAAGAUAGUAUACAUUAUAGCAAUAACACUAACAUCCAGAGUCGAAGUGAUCUCGUCUCGACAUAUAGCACUUUGCUGGAUGAGAAGACAAAUGCCGCUACAUCGUACUUGCGUUUGGACUGGUAUGACGAGCUCCAAAGAAAAGACGUAGCUGUUGGAGAAUCAAAGUUCGAGCUGCAGUCUGACAUCUCAAAACUCAAACUAAGCGGCAUGUACAGUUCCCGUAAUAACACCUGCCCCACAAAUUCGAAAAGGUUAGCUAGCUCAGCUUUGUGCAAGGCCUCUGCCCUUAGCGCUGGUUUCCAGCUGGAGCCUAAGAGGAGAUAG